GCGGGUGAGAGGUGAGAGGGGCGGAGCGCCACGUGUUCUUAUGAUCACACUGUUAGCAGCCCAUUCAUCAUUAAAGACAUGGUGUUAUUAGAGAACGACGUGUUUCUCACUGAACUCACUCGGCUGUUCCAGAAAUGCAGGACCAGUGGCAGUGUGGUCCUCACUUUAAAGAAAUAUGAUGGCAGAACAAAGCCGGUCCCCAGGAAAGGGCAUACAGAGACAUUUGAACCAGCUGAUAAUAAAUGUCUGCUUAGAGCUUCAGACGGCAAGAAGAAAGUCAGCACAGUGGUCAGCACCAAAGAAGUAAUAAAAUUUCAAAUGGCGUAUUCUAACUUGUUGCGAGCGCACAUGGACGGAUUGAAAAAGAAAGACAAAAAGAGUAAAAGCAAGAAAACUAAAGCCACACAGUGAUGAACGGAGAAAAAGAGAGAAAGGUGCGUUUAAUUGGAACUCUCCAGGACAUUGAACACUCACCUGUGCCACUCCACCGUCCCAUCCGCUCUCGCUGCGCUUCUGAUGGGGAACCUGAUAUUCAUCGCGUGAGUGUGUGGUGCUCCGCAGCGGAGAGACCGAUUAGGAAUUGCCUGAAAAUCUGCCAACAUUUGACGUCUACUUUUCCAAACCAAGAAAAGUAGAUUGGACCCUUUUUUUUUGUUUGCUACAUUUAUUACAUCUUACAGAAAGUUUUCAGUUUUUUUUGUGAUGUUAAGACAUCGAGGAUGAGCCAAGUUCUUUUAUGAAACUUUGAUUUAAACAAUGUAUUUUAAAUGGUGAGUCGGCACUGUGGUCAGGAAUUUUCUCCCCAUAUCUAAAAACGUCUUAAUUUCUCCACUGUUUGUUCAUGUUCAGAGAAAAAAAAAAUUGAAAACAAGAUGUCUAUUUUUGAGUCUUAAAGAUGCUCUUCAUUUGAAAGUUGCUCCUUGAACAAAGUGGAGUGUCUUGCCAUCCUUCCCUUUUUGACAUGAACUUUUACUUUGUAAGUGCAUUUUAUGUUACAUUUAUUGCGUUUGGCAUCACUAGUCCUAAUGAGAAUACCAAACUUUCAUUUCUUUGACUGUAGAAUUAAAUCUGGUUCAAUUGAAUUGUUUUUCUCAAAUGUUUGUUUGUGAUGGUCACCCUUUAGGACAAUCGUGUAUUUAUGCCUUCAAAUAACAUCAUGGAAUGACAUUCAAAAGACUUGGUUUAGAAAAUGAAACAAACAGACUUAGACCUUGUGUACUGUACAAAAUGAAUUUAAAGAAAUAAAUACACUAUAUACACAGCUAAGCCACACCACAGAACAUCUCAGUCUAUAUGGAAUGAGUGACACGUUUAAAUCGCUGUGUUCCUCUUGUCUGGUCGUUCUUUGCUGGACGUCAACGUGUGGUUGCGUUUGGUCCGCUCUUCUUCAAGAUAACCAUCCUUCAUGAUGCGAGUGACAUACUGGAACAGACUCUGAAGAGAAAUGAAUCUUAAUCAAAAUCUAAAAUACACAAGGCCAUAUUGCAGUUUCAAUCUUUAUCCAAUCAAUCAUGCAGCAUUAGUGGAUAUCAUACCGCUGGUUUUAGAUGUUUUAAUUCUUAAUUAUUUAUAAUAUUGUGGCUAUUAUUUCUGGAUUGUGCAUUUUAAUUCAAGAGUUUUUACAAAGUGUAUUACUAAUUAAUUCUAAAUAAACCAUUGGUUUUUCA